AUGUCAAUCUCCGGCCAGGACAUCUAUGACCAGUUUAAGAGAGAAUUUGAAGAAGAAAUAAUUCUAACGCUUGUCCCAGCCACGGAGGAUCUCUCCUUAGAAGUCCCUGCAACAGAAUCUUCAGCCACAGAGCUCAAGCCAGCAGUUUUCCCAACGCCAGCUUCUUGGGAUGCCAGCCCCUCGGUAUCCAAGCAAAAUCCCCACCCGUCCCUGCCAGCCAUCCUGCCUCCCAUUAAUGAGGUGUCCCGGAACACACUUCGGGAAUGGUGCCGCUGUCAUGAUUUGAGUACGGACGGCAAGAAAGUAGAAGUCUACAUGAGACUACAGAAAUGUUCAUAUUCCAAACAAGAAUGUCAUAUUCCCCAGACAUCUCGUGAGGCCAGACUGAGGACGGUUCCCAAAAAACCCAAACCAGCCAUCGAAGGACCCAGUUCUCGAGGUGUGAAGAGGAAGAAAGAGGAGAACGAGAACGUAGAAGUUCUGACUUCAGAAAGGGAGUCUGUUUUUGCAGCCUGGGGAAGAAUUGCCAUGAGAGCUGCUCAGCCUAAGGCUGUGAAUCGCCAGCCUCUUCCCUCUAAUGCCAAUGCAUUUCUGCCCGCAGUCACUGGACACAGGUGGUGUGUUGUUCACGGCAGACAGCUCCCUGCAGAUAAGGAAGGCUGGGUUUGCCUGCAGUUGUACGCCGGUCAUACCUGGGUUCCAGAUAGUCCCCAAAGGAUGAUACCUCUCUUCAUUUUACCAGCCUGUGUUUUCCCAUCCCCAGGGGUGGAAGAUAAUAUGCUGUGUCCUGAAUGUGCCCACAGCAAUAGGAAGAUGAUGAGGAAUUUCGAAAGGGACAAACGCACUGUAAAGAAACACAAACUGCUACCUCCAAAUCUGCCACCUUAG